AUGACUCGGAUCACUGGCCAUCAUAUUCUGGCUGGGAUUUUAACAUGGAGCAUUAUGCUAAAGAUUUGUGUGGGUCAAGAGGACGAGAAGAACUCCACGGCAGACUACGACUACGCAAAAGAAACGAACGUUUCUUUUGACUAUAGUGGUUUUGAGGUGAUGUGUUCCAAAGAAGGCUAUCGGCAGUUCCAGCAGUGGUUCAUUCCCACUUUCUACGCCAUUAUUUGCUUUGUGGGCCUCGUUGGAAACCUGCUCGUCAUUCUCACCUAUUUCUACUUCAACCGCCUGAAAACCAUGACCGACGUGUACUUGCUCAACCUGUCAUUCGCCGACCUCUUCUUCGUCCUUUCUCUCCCUUUCUGGGCGUUUAACUCGAUGCGCGAAUGGGUGCUAGGUCUGGCUGUGUGUAAGAUCAUUUACUCGGUCUAUAAGGUCACCUUCUACAGCAGCAUGUUCCUCCUCUCCUCCAUAAGCGUGGAUAGAUACUUCGCCAUUUCCAAGGCCGUGUCUGCUCAUAAACACCGCUCCCAAGCCGUUUUUUUCAGUAAAAUUUCGUCCGCGGUGAUGUGGGUGCUUGCCUUCAUUUUUUCGAUACCUGAAAUGAAAUUCACCACCAUCAAUAACAACACAUGCACGCCUUACGCCAGCACCAAUGACAAGUUACGGGAUGGCACUUAUGAGGAUGUUAGGAGGAACAAAGUUAAGCAGGGGCAGCUUCUAGUGCAGAUCCGUGAGAAAGCAGAACCGUCUCCAGUCCUCACCACAAGAAAACAAGGGCGGCAAAGCUCUACUAUUAUGAUGCCUACAGCUGAAGGCAUGUCACAUAUGAUACCGGCUCAUGUUCUGAGGGUGGGACAGACUACAUCUCCAGAGGCCAAAACCAAUCACCACCUCCUCCCCUGCCCCGGCAACGAUCUGAGCGUGGGACAUAUCAACAAUGAACUCGACGUCUCCCUGGAAAAGCUCAACCAGCUCAUCCUCGAACUCGAUCCGACAUUCGAGCCGCUGGAGGUGCAGAAAAGUCCAACCUCAGAUGAGGAUGUGUCCAGUCCCGUGCUGGUCCCCAGAGGCUGCUCACCUGCUCUGGUCAUCACCUCCUCUCCCAGCAUCGCCAUCCCAUCCCCCAGUGGCCUCAGCCUCAGUCCACAGGGGGCGCUAGUGUUCUCCAGCUCCCCCUCCUCCUCCUUCUCUGCCCGGCCCCCUCUGCCCGGGGGGAGUGUGGUCCGCAGGAGUCCAGUCCCGAGGCAGGAUGGAGGUGCGAGCUGCUGGCGUCUGUCGCAGCCCAACAGAAACAGCGCCCUCUCUCUCCUCUCCACCUCCUCCUGUUCCGACACCAGCUACAUCCUGGGGAGCACACUGUCUCUGACCAGUGAAGAUGCAGACUUCUCAGAGUUCAACCCCUUUUCGACGUGUGGCUCUUUGCUUAACCAGACUAACAACACUUCCCCGAAAAACAAGCUUCUAACUGGGCUCCACCACGUCCAGAGCAGCCUGGCUUCUCUGAGCAGCUCGCUCACGGACAUCCCACUGCUCCUUGUCAAUGGAGCUCCGCAGCCAGAACUACAGUCACGUCCUCCAUCUCCAAAACCACCCUCUCCACUCAGUCCUUCUUUACACGGAAGCCAGCUCUCCAUGAAGUUUGUAAUGGACACGUCAAAGUCGUGGUUCCGUCCGCACGUCAGCAGGGUAGAAGCUGAUGCUAUGGUGAAAGAUAAGGAGCCCGGAACAUUUGUGAUUCGAGACAGCACGUCCUACAAGGGAAGUUUUGGACUCGCCAUGAAGGUGGAUCAGUCGCCCACCACAUCUAACGCAUCUGCCUAUCCAGAUACUUAG